AAGACGAUUACUUUCAGCGUGCUCAGAUUCAAUUAAGAACAGUUCUUUGUAGCGCUGGCGAGAUUGAACAAUGUUUUAAAUCGUAGAUACCAGUUUGUGUGGUUGUAAUAGAUAUAUUGUCCUUGAACCAUUGGAUUUUACCAAGGCCCGUGCGUGUCCGCGCUCUCAAUCUCAAGCAAUUUUCCUGACAUGAAGGAGUAAUGCGACUCACCUAUUAUCCACGAGUCAAUCAAGUUGAUCAUGCGCAGUUGAACGCAUGUGGCACUUAAAACUUUCAGGUGCGGAGAAAGCUACUUUAAACGCUUGAGAAGUGCGAGUGGCUCCCACUCAAGCUGUUUGCAGGUUGAGCUUUUGUAGAGAUUAGGCGUGAUGCGACUGGAGGACAGUGGAAACGGACUGAAGAGGACUACUUCGGAUCCAGAGAGGGAUACCGACAGGAAGAAGACAAAGAAAUCCCAUUUGAAUGGAACUACUGAAUUAAAUGGGGGCUCUAAUGACAUGGAAUCUAAAUCAAAAAAUAAUAAAGAAGACAAUGGCUGGAAGAAAAAUGAAAAGAAAGGCAUCAACUCAGGGCAGGAGUUCACAAUCAAGAAAGAGAAAGAUGGAUCCUACAAGAAAAGCAUCAAAGGCUUAUCUGACUCAUCUGUUAAAAACUGUAUCAAAGAGGAGUGGGCUAAGGAUUCAAGUGGUGCAGAGAAGAAUAUUCCCAUGAAAGAAGAGAAUGAGGUUGGGAACAAGAUCUUGGAUAAAGACCACCAUCACACAAGCCACCCUGACAAGAAACGGCACAAAGAUCACAAAAGUGAGAGAGGAAAAGACAAAAAAGACAAGAAAAAGGAGAAACUUCUCAAUGGCACUCUGCAAGAAAAAUCUUCUCGCAAUGAGAAAAGGAAGCAUCAUAAGGUUGAUGAUGAGGAACCAAAAAAGAAGAAGGUGAGCAAAGGAGGGAGAGAAGAUAAGGGGAGAACAGGAAAGAAUUCGGAGGAGGAGAAAAAGAAAGAUGAGAACAGCAAGUGGAAAUGGUGGGAAGAAGGCAAUAACUCCAAUGAUGGCCAAAAGUGGCAAACCCUGGAGCAUAGAGGACCUUUAUUUCCACCAGAAUAUGAGCCAUUGCCUAAUAACGUGUCCUUCUAUUAUGGAGGAGAACCAAUGAAGCUUAGUUUGGCUGCAGAGGAGGUAGCAACUUUCUAUGCCAAGAUGCUGGAACAUGAGUAUACUUCAAAGGAAGCUUUUCAGAAGAACUUCUUUACUGACUGGAAAGAGGUGAUGUCAGAUGACGACAGGAAGACCAUCAAAAAACUAUCCAAGUGUGACUUCAGUGAGCUCCACAAAUACUUCGUCAACAAAUCAGAGGAGAAAAAGAAUAUGAGCAAGCAGGAAAAACAAGCACUGAAAGAGGAAGGUAGCAGGCUAACGGAGGAAUAUGGGUACUGUCUCUUGGAUGGUCACCGUGAAAAAAUUGGGAACUUCCGCGUGGAGCCGCCUGGGUUGUUCCGUGGCCGCGGGGAACAUCCCAAAAUGGGCAAGCUGAAAAAGAGGAUCCAUUCUGUAGACGUUAUCAUCAAUUGCAGCAAGGACUCCAAGAUCCCUGCCCCUCCUUCAGGGAAGAAGUGGAAGAGAGUGCAGCAUGACAACACCGUCACCUGGCUGGCCUCCUGGGUGGAGAAUGUUCAGAAGCACACCAAGUACAUCAUGCUGAAUCCCAGCUCCAAACUCAAGGGGGAGAAGGACUGGCAGAAGUACGAGGUGGCCCGGAGCCUGAAGCUGGAGGUGGACUCCAUCCGGCACCAGUACCAGCAGGACUGGAGCUCUCGAGAGAUGAAGACCCGCCAGAGGGGCGUUGCACUCUACUUCAUAGAUAAGCUGGCCCUGCGAGCUGGGAAUGAGAAGGAGGACGAUACGGCUGACACGGUGGGCUGCUGCUCCCUGCGUGUGGAGCACAUCAGCCUGCACGAGAGCCUGGAUGGCCAGGAGUGGGUGGUGGAGUUUGACUUCCUGGGCAAGGACUCCAUCCGCUAUUACAACAAAGUGCCCGUGGAGAAGAGAGUUUUCAAAAGCUUGAAAAUAUUUAUGGAAAACAAGGACCCUGAGGAUGACCUUUUUGACAGAAUCUCUACGACCUACCUCAACAAGAAGCUGAACGAGUACAUGACAGGUCUGUCGGCCAAAGUCUUCCGAACUUUCAACGCCUCCACCACUCUACAGGACCAACUCAGCAAGCUGACCAAAGAGGACAUGACUGUGGAGGAGAAAAUCCUGUCCUACAACAGGGCUAACAGAGCCGUAGCUAUCCUGUGCAACCACCAGAGGGCAGCACCCAAGACCUUUGAGAAAUCCAUGCAGCUCUUACAAGAGAAGAUUCAGAAGAAGAAGGAGCAGAUAGAGCAAGCCAAGAAGGAGUUGAAGAAAGCCAAGAAGGCCCACAAAGAGCACCCCUCUGACAGAUCCAAAAAACUGGUAGAACAGAAGGAGAAUGCUGUGCGGAGGCUGGAGGAACAGUUGAAGAAGCUGGAGCUUCAGGUGACGGACCGAGAGGAGAACAAGGUCAUUGCCUUAGGCACGUCCAAGCUCAACUACCUUGACCCCAGGAUCUCCGUCGCCUGGUGCAAAAAAUACAAUGUCCCCAUUGAGAAGAUAUAUAACAAAACCCAGAGGGAGAAGUUUGCCUGGGCCAUUGACAUGACUGAUGCGGAUUUCCAGUUCUAGACAGCAUUGCAAAAGUGAUUUUCUGUUACUGCACUUUGUUUCUGUUCUACAUCAGGAGUGUUGUGUCGUUUUGUUUUUCUUUAUGGAAUAGAUCUAAUUUUUGAAAUAAAUCAAAAUGUAAUGUAUCCUAAUACGUAUUUCUGCAGUGCUAUGCUUCUGUAAAGUAUUGUCUUUUUCUGUAUGGAAAUGAAGUCUAUGAAAUGAAA